AUGGAUGGUGAACAAGGGAACAGGAACGACAACACCUCCCUGGGGCCAGGGCGCCCUCCUGAUACCCGGCUCCUUUCCAACCCACUGAUGGGGGAUGUUGUGUCGGAUUGGUCUCCCAUGCAUGAAGCUGCGAUUCAUGGGCGCCUGCUCUGUCUGAGGAACCUCAUCAGCCAGGGCUGGCCUGUGAACCUGGUCACAGCAGAUCGCGUGUCCCCGCUGCAUGAAGCCUGCCUUGGAGGCCAUCCGUCAUGUGCCAGUGUCUUAUUAAAUCAUGGCGCUCAGGUGAACGGCCUUACUGCAGACUGGCACACUCCCUUGUUUAACGCUUGUAUCAGCGGCAGCUGGGACUGUGUGAAUUUGCUUCUGCAGCAUGGAGCCAGCCCUGACUCCGAAAAUGACCUGGCAUCUCCCAUCCACGAAGCGGCCAAGAGAGGUCACGUGGAGUGUGUGGAGUCUCUUGCAGCGCAUGGAGGCAACAUUGACCGCAAUAUCAGACACUUGGGCACCCCACUAUAUUUGGCUUGUGAAAACCAGCAGAUAGCUUGUGCCAAGAAGCUUCUGGAAUCAGGAGCUGAUGUGAACAAUGGCAAAGGUCUGGAUUCCCCUCUUCACGUGGUGGCCAGGAUGUGCAGCCCGGAGCUGGCCCACCUGCUCUUGGACUUUGGAGCUAACACCCAGGCGAAGAACGCUGACGGCAAGCGCCCUGUGGAGCUGGUGGCGCCAGACUGCAAUCUGAACCAGCUCCUCUUGGAGAGAGAAGGGCCUCCUUCUCUGAUGCAGUUGUGCCGCCUUAGGAUUCGGAAGUGCUUUGGAAUCAAGCAGCACCAUAAGAUCACUGGACUGGACCUACCGGAGGAGCUGAAGAAAUUUCUUCUCCACAUUUAA